AUGACGCUCAUUGUGCCAUGUGUCAAUAUGCACAAAAAAUCCUUCUCCAUUAAGAUAACCUCAAUUAUUUUACUCUUUUGUAAUGUCCUCUGGACAAUACGUUUGUGUUUUGUCAGUCAACAUUUGACAGAUUUACAAACGUUGACAGCCCGCAAUGCUUCACUGCUAAAUGGCAGUCGACGUAUGACACUAAACGCUAAUCCCUAUGGUGAUAAAAAGCAGCUGCAACAACAACAACAACGACCAGCACAAUCGGCAUCAUCAUCACAGCUGAUCGCAGAACAAGUAAAAUCUUUAAAUAGUUUAGAGUCAUUUUCAUUGGCAUUUCAAAAUCUAUCUCUUAAUCUAGGACGUUGGGAUAAUCAACGUUUAUAUAAGCUAUUCGAUUUUGCCCUGGUCGGUGAUAACUAUGAAGAAUCGUCGGAACAUAGUUUAAUAUGUUUAGCCACGCAGACAUCCGUGGAACGUUUACACUCCUUAGCCGAAGUGGCAAAACAAUUUCAAGGACCAAUAUCGAUUGCCGUGUUUGUUGCCGGUAAUGAUGAAUUUACCAUUCUACAAUAUUAUGUGACAUAUCUGCGACUUUGCUUCGACUUCGUACGCGCCAAUGUCACUUUCCACCUGGCAUAUCCUCGUGAAAGGAAGCCGCAACAUGAAACUGCCGAUGCCUAUAAAUUACUGCAAAUGUUCGAUUGCCGUUAUCCGUUGAAGACAUUUCUGAAAAUCGCCCAGCUGCGUACGAGCGAAACGAAACGAUGGCGUCUUCGCAAUCUCUAUCCGCAGAAUCAUUUGCGUAACUUUGCUCGCAAAGGCUGUCAAACGAAAUAUGUCUUUCUCACCGAUGUCGACAUAAUACCGAGUGCUAAUAUUGUACCAUUACUGAAUGAGUUUCUUGCCACAGCAUCGGCCAGGUGUUCGACGGGGCUGUGCGCUUACGUCAUACCGACACUAGAGAUCGAUGAGCGUGUACGUUUCCCAUCGCACAAGAAUGAACUGCUGCGUCUAAUCAAAAGGGGUUUGGCAAGGCCUUUCCAUGAAAAAGUUUUCAUCUAUAAUCAGUUUGCUACGAAUUUCUCAAGUUGGCUGGCCAAUACCCAGACUGAUGACCGUAUCACGAUUAGUCAUCAGGUGACAAAUUAUGAAUUCUUUUAUGAACCCUUCUAUGUUGCUUUGGAUAAUGCUCCCCCGCAUGAUGAACGCUUUGUGGGCUAUGGAUUUACGCGCAAUUCACAGGUUUAUGAAAUGUAUAUAGCUGGCUAUUCAUUUCAUGUCCUAACACCCGUCUUCACCUGUCAUUGGGGACUGCAGAAAAAGAAUGCACGACCGUCGUGGCGCGAACAGCAGAACACCAUAAAUAGUAAACGUUUUGAGAUAUUUAAAAAAGAGAUAUUUGCACGCUAUAAACAUCCGCCAAUCAAGCAAUUGUUCAAAACGAAAACAUAA